AUGGCUCAUGAACAUCACACCUGGAUCCAUCUACUGCCUGUCCGACCUCAUCAACGCCUUCUACCAGCAAUUCGCCAGCAGUCGCCAGUUGGAGAAACAAACAGGACAUCCAUCGAAGCAUUCAAAAGAGGUCUCAUCCCCAACUCGGAGUUGUACCGGGAGAUAACCAAAUAUCCCUGUGCAACCUUCGAGGAGGUCAGGUCGAGAGCCACUGCCCAGAUGCGGAUCGAAGACGACGAGAUUACACGAAUGGCUUCUCAGCGACCAGCAGGGGGCAGCAACGACAGGAGGUCGUACACCCCAAGGAACAACAACUGGCGACACCAGCCGUACAACCGCCAGAACCAGGUACAAAAUGUCAAUCAAUAUGAUGAUACUAACAAUGUUUACAGGAAUGAGCGGGCCGACCACCCCAACAUCUCCGAAUACGGCUUCAACGUCGACAUCGGAGGCGUGGUGAACACCCUUCAAAAUGUAGGUGGAACAGUCAGGUGGCCCCGGAAAAGUGACAGACCAGAUUCAAUGAAAGACAUGAGCAAAUGGUGUGAUUUCCACCGCGACAACGGUCACAAAACCGAGGAGUGCAUCUCCCUCAAAAAGGAGGUCGCAUUUCUCCUAAAACGAGGGCAUUUGAAGGAGCUGCUGAGCGACAAAGGGAAGGAAACAUUCGACAAGGAACAGACCGCCCAACCCGACCCGACGACGAGCAGCGACCGACCAGACCCACCUACGUUCAACAAAGUGGUAAAUGUUAUUUCUGGUGGAUCAGAUAUUUGUGGACUAACCUCUUCUGCAGCUAAAAAAAUCAACAGAGGAGAAUCAGGAGCCAUCGAAGAGGGGCAGACAGAGGAUGAAAUCAUAUUAAACAAGUCCUUGACAGCAAUGGCUAUCACCUUCGACGACUCAGAUUCAGUAGAUACACAGCGAGAGCACCAUGACGGUCUGGUAAUAUCACUUCCAAUAGGCAACGCCCUGAUCAAAAGGAUAUUGGUCGACAACGGAAGUUCAGCAAACGUGUUAUUCUUGGAGGCGCUGCAGGAAAUGGGACUCGAGGAAAAGAACAUCAUUAAGAGAUCAACGGUCCUAGUAGGGUUCAGCGGAGAAUCAUUGCGAACUGUUGGAGAAAUAUCAUUGCUCACCUAUGCAGAAGGAGUCAAUGUCAUGACGAAAUUCAACGUCGUCGAUUGCCCGUCAGCAUACAAUGUCAUCUUGGGACGACCAUGGAUCCACAAAAUGAAAGCAGUACCCUCGACGUACCACCAGUCCAUCAGAUUCCUGACUAGAUGGGGGGUCAUGGAAAUCAAAGGGUACCAAAGAGAUGCAAACAAAUGCUACGAAACCGCACUGAAACCAUCAAAAUCCUCCAUCUAG